AUGAGCUACACGGCAAUAUAAUUGCUACUUCAUAUUAUCGCUUCUACUUCUGCUCACUGAUUAAGCUUCAAUUCUUCACCCAAACAUUACAUUACAUUACUAAGUGAGAUCGAAUUGAAGAAUAUAUAUAUAUGGCUUGUGUUGCUGUAAAUUCUCUUGUGAGGACCAUUGAGCUUGAGUUCUUGCAGCCUCUGCCUCGCCCAAUCGUUCGACAAAACCAACUCAUCCCUGCCAAUGAAAACUUGAUCCAAAAUCUCCACCAGAAGCUUGGUGAUCUCAUAGAGCUGUUUGAUGAGAACAGGAUGGAUGGUAUCCAAGCUAUUAAACACUUGGAAACUAAGCUCAGAGAUGUGGCUUUCCGAGUGGAAAAUGAAAUUGAAUUCCAAAUCGUACAUCUUUAUGAGAUAGAGGGAAAUGCAGGAAUAGCAGGUCUUUUUGUGAAAACACCACAGAGCACUAUUGAUUCAAAAGAAGGAGAAAACUUGAGAAUUGAUGCCCAAGGAAAUUGGCAUUCUUUCAAACUUGGUUAUAUUUUGAAAAGAGCAAUAAGAGACAUUGAUGCCAUCCACAAAGAGUUGUCCAAAUUGCAAGGAAUUGGAAGGAAAACAACUGCAGGAGUUGAUGUGAUGAUGAUGGCGGGGGAUCACCAACACGCUUCACACUCCCAUCCCCUACACAGCAGCAGCAUAAUGGUGGGGAAAAACAAUGAGUUCCACACUGUAAAGGCCAUGCUAAUUCACCAUUCAUCAAGGCAACGGGAAAUUGUCUCCAUUCAAGGUAUGGGAGGCAUCGGCAAGACAACCUUAGCUAGACGAGUUUAUGAAGAUCCAUCAGUUGCCUCCCGCUUUGACAUUCGAGCUUGGGUUGUUGUUUCACAAUAUCAUAAUAGGUUACAAAUGCUUACAGAUCUUCUUAAAUCAAUUGGGGGUUGUGAAGUGGUUAGCAGCACUGAAGAGGAUCAGCUAGCACAACGACUGUACCAAAAUCUGUUGCAUCGAAGGUACUUUGUUGUGAUAGAUGACAUUUGGAGUGUCGAGGCUUGGGAUUCCGUUAAAGCUUGCUUUUCAGAUAAUGGAAAUGGCAGUCGAGUUUUGUUGACUACUCGCUCUGCACAGGUGGCUGCUUUUAUAGGCUCUAACAGUGACUUUUCGCAUCAAAUGCAAUUUUUAGAAGAAGGUGAGAGUUGGAAUCUAUUUCAAGAAAAGACAAGCAAAUUUCAAGGUUCUGAAUUCGAUAUGAUUGGGAGACAGAUUGUUAAGAAAUGCAAAGGGUUGCCUUUGGCAAUUGUUGUUGCUGCAGGUUUAUUUUCCAAACUUCAUACGCUAGAUGAGGGGAAGAAUGUUGCAAAAAUUCUAAAUUCAUCUGCAACAACAACAAUUGAUGAAGAAUGCUCAAGGAUACUCUCAUCGAGUUACAAUCACUUGCCUCACAGUUUGAAGGCUUGUUUUUUAUAUUUGAGCUUAUUUCCAGAAGAUUACGAGAUUCAUGUUAGUGAGAUUGUAAAGUUAUGGGUUGCCGAAGGACUUGUAAAGACAUCCGAGGAUAUGAGCUUUGAUGCGGUGGCUAGAAGGCACAUUCAAGAACUCAAGGAUAGGAACCUAAUUCUUGUAAGUCGGCUAAGUAGUUGUGGAAGAAAAGUAAAGACAUUUAGAAUGCACGAUUUAUUACAUUCUUUUUGUGUGAGGGAAGCUAAAAAGGAGAAUCUUCUGCAUGUUGUCUAUGAAAAUGGAUCCAAUUCCUCUCAGAAAGGUUUCCGAUGGUUAAGCAUCCAAUCAACAAGGUUUAACAAACAAACAUUAUAUUCUUCUUUAAUAUACUGUCGAUCCAUCUUCAGCUUUCCCGGUCAGUAUACAUCUUUAAAUUCAAAAAUUUGCCCCCUAUUAAGAGUACUCUAUAAUAAUCAGUGUGGGGUUGCUUAUCUUGUCCAUUUGAGAUGCGUGUUGUCACGGCAGACAGUUUCAACCAUUCCAUUUCGUAGUUGGAAUCUUCAAACACUUUCAGUUCUUCGUAUUGAUGAAAUCAGCUUUUUAGAGUUUCCACAACUACAACAUUUCCAUGGUUACGGAAUUCCUAUGGAUUGUCCCAUACGUUUUCAUCAAGACUUGAAGCGCAUUGGUACGUUGAGAGAUGAUCACUGCACAAAAGAAUUUUUUACCAAUAUUCCAUACGUAGAGAAGGUAAAAAUUAGUUCUAAGGGAGGUUGGAAUGAUUGCUUUAAUAACAUUGCCUGUUUACACCAACUCCAGAGUCUGGAUUUUUUUUGUUAUAGGCCGGGUCAGAUUCCAAAUAACAACUGCAUUGUUAGCUUGAAAAAUCUUAGGAAGUUGAGGUUUUGGACUGUGAACUUUGAGAGUAAGACAAUUAAUAUUUUUAGCAAGUUGCCUAAACUUGAGCUGGUACUACUAAUGGGGUGUGACUGGAUCGGUGGAGAGUGGGAGCUACUCGAAAAUGAGAGUUUUGACCAGUUAAUUUAUUUGGAAAUUAAAUAUAGUAAUCUUAAGCGCUGGAAAGCAAGUGCUUGUCAUUUUCCGAACCUUGAGCGUCUAGUCAUUGAUGGGUGCAAAGAAUUGGAAAAAAUUCCAGCUGAGUUUGCAGAAAUUCCAAACUUAAAGUCAAUCGAAUUGAAUGGAUGUCUUCAUUCUGCGAUGGAUUCUGCCAUGAAAAUUCAAAGACAGCAACGUAGGCAAGGAAAUGAUAAUAUGGUUGUCAUUAAGAAAUUCACAAUAAAAGAGAUGCGGCAUGUUCUCAAGAUCAGACGUUCAAAAUUGAUGUGAAUAACAUAUAUAUUUAGGCAUUUCAGUGGGGUGUGUGAUAUUUGGGCAUUUGAAUUCUUCCACUAAUCUGCUAUUUGUAUUCAGCAAAGUGUUGAGACUUCAAAUAUUAUUAUAUUGUUGUAUUCUAGUAGUUGGAACCUUUCUUCCAAAUCUGUUGUCUACUUAUCAGACAGUAACAUUUCUUUGUGAACUACUUUUUUCUUUAACUAAAUACCUUUCUUUCUCAUUCAUAUAGCAUAUUAUAUGGCA